AUGGAGGAUCCCUUUGUUUCUAGCCCUAACGGGCUUACAGGCCCUCGGGAGCCACACCGAUAUUCUGCUUUCGAUACUCAGCUCUUUAGCCUGAAUGCAUCAUCGCCAUCUCAAGCUAAGCGGGCGCUCGAGGCGCAUCUAGCGGAAACCGAACGGAGGCUACAAGAGGCGUCAAAACUGGGCACGGCGCUCGUCAAUCAACAGAAGGAACUUACCGACAAACUCCAUGAACUCGAACAGCAGAGAGACGAGGGCGAAAUCGGCCCGGAACUUCGACAGAAGCUAAUUGAGUUGGAAAAGGAGUACAAUGAAAUCGGCCGGGAUAGUGCGCGUGCCUUCUUGGCGCCAAAGCGAGCAGUCAGUGGCGGAGAGAGCACGCCUGGCAUUGACUUACGCUCACCCGCAGCGUCUUCCGUGUUCACGAGCCAAGCAACUGCGUCGCCGUCCAAAGUUAGCGUUCCUUCGCGAAAACAACGAAAUCAACCGUCGAGCCGUGUCCAUGAUAUCGAGUUUGCUACUGAGAUUUCAACUUCACUUCUGGCUCAGGUCCGUCAAUUACAAACAAUGUUGGCUGAACGAGAGGAAGCAUUGAAGAACGUGACCCUUGAGAAUUCAAAACUUGAGCUCGAGGCCGAAGGAUUUACGCAAAGGAUUCGUGAUCUUGAUGAAAGCGAGCAACGUUAUAAAGACGAAAACUGGAGUUUGGAGACGCAGAUGCAUGAGCUCAUGGCUGCCUUCAAAGAAUCCCAAGAACGUGAGACGAAACUCAACAGUGCUCUGAGUUCUUUAACCGCUGAGAAAACCGGAAUUGAGCGUGAAGCGGAAGAAUUGAAGCAGAGCAAUGGGAAGCUUCUGGAAGAUCAGGCUUCCGCCCAGAAAGCACAUGACUCGGAGGCGAACAUGUUAAGGAGAAAUUUGAACAGCGGGGAUGCGGAGCGAGUUACACUUCAAGCGAAGGUUGAGGAACUAACAUCCCAGAACCAGGAACUCGCUAGGGCCGUGGCAUCUAUGCGCAAUCGUCGGAUUGAUGUCGAAACACCCCGUCCUCGUUUACAUGACGCUGAGGAUACCAUGCCAGAACAGGACUCUCCCGAAAGCUCACCUCCACCGUCGCCCAACAAACAUACUCCAAGACACGGCCUCCUGGAAACAGAAACUCUGCGAAGCUCUUUGGGUCAUGCUCAUCGUAUGAUUCAGAACCUCAAAAGCAACAUUCACCGAGAGAAAACUGAAAAGAUUGAGCUCAAGCGAAUGUUGCAAGAAGCCCGGGACGAACUUGAGACACGGCGACGUGACACUGCGGCACCAGGAAGUGGAGCCAAACGGCAAAAAAUCAAGUCUGAGGCAUUCAAAAAGCCACUUUCUCGCUCUGAUUUACUUGGUCCUAGCAGGAGAGGGCGUACUGAAAUUACCUUGGAAGACACAGAUUGGGAGGAUCAUAUAAGUGAAGCAAGUCCUACUCGUACAGUACGGUCUAAGGGCUCCCACCAAGGGCGCUCCCCAAGGCACCGACCUGACCUGAGUGAUGUGUAUCAGACUGCUGCUGAAACUGACGAUGCUUUCGAGACGGCGAACGAACGAGAGACCGCUACUGAAAGCGAAGCUUUCCAGACUGGGGCUGAGAGCUUAGCUGAUGAUAGUGAUGGUGAUCUUACUGAGACUGAAGAUAGAGGAACCCUCCGUCAAGCAGCCCCGCGUGCUAGGAAAGUUCCUUCUCAACUUUUCACGGCGCAGGCCGGCGAUAGGACAUCCUACUUGAGCACAGCGUCUACUUCAGAUGACGAGAUUCAGGAAGUCCACACACCACUACCCUCUCAACGCAACCGUAUCAGAGUCAGUCGCGGCGGUUUCAGACGAAUUCGACCGUCUGGGGAGGCUCCAAUGGCAUCUUCCCAUGAAUCAUCUAGCGCUCAGCAUUCGCCAGUCGGUUCUUUCCAGCAUGAAAAUGCGGCGCCCAUGGGUCAGAGCCUCUUUGCGGAACUAGAAGAACUGGGUAGUCCUGGUAGUGAUGGUGAUUUCGGUACUCCCAUCCGCACCACACACAUGCCCUCUCAACCGUCAACUCCACUCCAAAACUCGGUCACGUUGAUCAGACAAGCCUCUCAGGAAUCAUUGCCUACUAAGCCUGCAAUGAUCGAUUCUUUUACCAUGACGGACCCAUGGGAACCUGAGGUGGUUUCUGAAACAGCUCUUGAGCAGGUUCCUGAGACGGAGACAUUCUCGCCAACACUGGUAGAUUCAGCAACUCAAUACACACCUACGAAGCGUAACACGGAAUUGAAUGGCGAACACUCAGAUGCUUUCCCAACGCCACCGAAGACAAUUUGGGACGAACCCAAACUAGUUGAGAACAAAGAUCAUGCUGUACGGGAACUGCUACCUUCUCCUCUGUAUCACUUCGAAUUUUCAAGCAUCACAGCCGAAGAGACGGCACCGGUCGCUCCCUCGAUGCCUGAAUUGACGCUAUCAACGAUAUUUAAUGAAACCACUGAGCCUGUAGCAGCGAAGUUACUGGAGCCCAAGCAGGAACUCGUUGCAGAGGACGUCGCCAAGCCUCAGCUAAUGAUGUCACCUGUAUUUAGUGAGAAGACUGAACCCGUCGCCUUCAAAUUACUGCCUCCUGAACCAGCCACUGCCAUUCACGAGCCUGAGCCAGAAGUCCCUGUUAUUGUGCCACAGCUGUCUCUAUCCUCGAUUUACGCCAUACAAACUGAGCCCGUGGCAGUGCCAGAGAAGGUACAACCUGCAAUUGCACCCUUGUCAUUUGCUUCAAUUCAAUCAGCAGAGACUGUACCCGUAGAGCCAGAACUCGCACCCGCUGUACUUACAACAGCUUUCACUCCCGAGAAUGCACCGGAACAGCCAACCUCAGCUAUACGACACAAUGAGCCCAAUAUGCUCAUUGGCAAGAAAUCGUCUGCCAUCUUUGUUUCUGAAGAUGCAACAAGCCAGGCUUUUGGUGGAGUGGAUGCCGAGAAUCAAACAAAGGAUCGAAGCAUGCCUUUGAAUGACAUAUCCGGGAAUAGUACUUUCCGUGAAAGCAUGACAAACAUUGUACAGCACUCUGACCAGGCUGCUCAGACGAUACUAUCAUCCAAGCAGAUUGAUCAAUUGCUUUUGGACCGUAUGGCUUCUCGCCCAUUUACGCCAUCGGAGCCGAGAUCUGUCUCCGAUUUGGAUUCCGUAGUAAAUUCACCUGGUGCAACUCCGAAGGCUAAGAUUCCAAUUGUCGAAGCGGGGACAGUACCAACUCUCCAGUCAACUCCUAAGCGACCCAGCAGCUCUACAAGCGCGAGUAGGGUCUCUUCCUCAAGCGUUCACCCGCCUCUACCAGCAGAUCACAAACAAGUGAUCGCAGCGGCACAAAAUGCUCAGACUACAGCCGGCACCAUGGGGCCUCCUCUCGCUCCGGCGUCAGCGUAUAAAACGAAUAUUCGCCCAAAGACUCCUAAUGAGAGCGUUGCCCAGACCGCCUCAGUCAGGGCUAGAUCGCGACGUGAGAGCCAGGCCUCCACUCGGAGAUCGUCUUUGUCUUCAUUUGUCUCUGAACUUGAUGUGCGAUUUAACAUGCACACAGAUGAGUUACCUCACGGCGUACAUCCUGGAACGGAUCCUCGCAUGAUCCAAGCCAUCACUCAGACAAUGAUCGGAGAGUACCUGUGGAAAUAUACUCGUAAGGCUGUGUCGGGUGAGUUAUCUAGCUCCCGUCAUCGCCGCUACUUCUGGGUCCACCCUUAUACUCGGACACUAUACUGGAGCGACCAAGAUCCUUCCCACGGUAGCAAACAUGAAAGCAAGGCGAAGAGUGUUGCUAUUGAAGCUGUUCGUGUGGUUACAGACGAUAAUCCUUAUCCCCCUGGGCUACAUCGCAAGAGUCUGGAGGUUCUCACCCCUGGCCGUCGAAUCCGCUUCACUGCGGCUACAAGUCAGAGACAUGAAACCUGGCACAAUGCUCUGUCAUAUCUCUUACUUCGGACCGAGGACGAGAAGCAUGCAGGACAAGAAAUAACUGCGGAUGAUGUGGAUGAGUUCAAUCCCGGAGUUCGAAGCGCAUCGCGACAAACAGGACCAAGGAUGUCGGUAUCAUCUUACCAAAGUGUGAGGACGAACACGUCAAAGCCGCGUGCGGCAUCGGCUUUAUCAGUUCGCCCAGCAGUUACUCCUGGGCGUGUGUCACCUGCGCCUAGCUAUCCGCAGAACUCCACGUAUCGUCAAGACCAAUAUCGACAAAGUACAUCUUCUCGUAUAAGCAGCGUGUUUAACGCCACUAUUCGAGGAUCUUUCGCGAGCCGUAGAGGCAGGCACACGCCAGUCCAGGCCGAUAGCAUCUACCAUGAUCAUAGUGCCGACCACGAUAGUGCGGAGGACCUCCGGCAGGUUAUUGAGCGUCAAGAGCGUGAAUCAGAUCGGUUGGAGAACGUUCGUGCAUGUUGUGACGGCAAGCACGAUGUCGGGUCCCUCUCUAGAACGAGUCGUUAUAGUCCUGGACUGAAGCGAUUGUCUAAUUCGUAUAGUCCCCAUUAUCACAAUCACAGUCACAAUCACAAUUAG